AUGCUUUCAUUUCUUGAAAAUGAUAUCAGAUACGUUAUUACCUGUAAAGUUAUUUAUUUUGCGAAAACUUAUUUUGUUGGCACAGGUGUGACUUCUGAAAAGUUCAUGAGAAAUGCAGUGAAUGAGCCGGUGUUAACCUAUCAAAAGGGUAGCGUCGAAAGAAUAGCACUUGAAAAAGCAGUUUCUGACAUAGCUGGCGCAAUAACUAAUGUUCCACUAGUCAUUGGAAAGGAGAAAAUUUUCACAAAUCUAGCUUUAUUUCAGCCUUCCGACCAUCAGAAAGUUAUCGCACGAUUUGCACAUGCUACUAGUGAACAAAUUGAAGAAGCUAUUCGAGUCGGUUUAAAUGCCAAACAAAAAUGGGAGCGCAAGCCAUUAAGAGAACGUGCUGAUGUAUUACUACAUGCAGCUGAUCUGUGUGCCGGAAAAUACCGAAUGAAACUAAAUGCUGCGACGAUGCUUGGGCAAGGAAAGAAUAUUGUGCAAGCAGAAAUCGAUUCAGCUUGUGAAUUGGUAGAUUUCUUCCGAUUCAAUGCAAAAUUUGCUUUAGAUGCGGAAAAAUAUCAACCUAUUUCCCUGAAAAAUGUGACAAAUACUAUGAUUCUUAGGAGCCUUGAGGGAUUUGUUGCUGCGGUUGCACCAUUUAAUUUUACAGCAAUUAGUGGAAAUUUGGCUACAGCUCCCGCAUUAAUGGGUAAUGCUGUUUUGUGGAAACCUGCAUGUACCGCGGUUUUAAGUAAUUACUUCAUUUAUGAGGCUUUGGAAGAAGCUGGCCUUCCACCUGGAGUCAUAUCAUUUUUGCCAUCAAGAGGUCCAGUUUUUGGGGAUGCAAUCACGUCAUCUCCCUUUCUCUCUGCCAUAAACUUUACUGGUUCUGUACCAACAUUCAAAUAUUUGUGGAAAAAAGUCGCAGAGAAUUUAGACACCUACAUUUCAUUUCCAAGAUUGAUAGGAGAAUGUGGAGGAAAGAAUUUUCAUUUCAUUCAUCCGUCAGCGGAUCUGGAUACUGUUGCACCAUGUACUAUCCGUGCUGCGUACGAGUAUCAGGGACAGAAAUGUAGUGCUUGUUCACGAAUUUACGUACCGGAAAGUUUGUGGCCUACUUUACAAGCCAAACUUGAAUCCAUACAAAAAGAAAUAAAAGUUGGAGAUGUUCGUGAUGGUUCAGUUUUCAUGACAGCUGUUAUUGAUGAAAAAGCUUUUAAAUCAAUUCGAUCGUAUAUUGAUUAUGCCAAAACAGGGAAGGAUGGAGCAAAAAUAAUUUUUGGAGGAUCAUAUGAUGACACCAAAGGAUAUUUCAUUCAGCCAACUCUUAUACAAGUUGAUAAUUGGGAUUCAAAAUUGCUUACAGAGGUACAUUUAUUUUUUUUACCAGUGUACAUCAUUGUAGCUCAUUGUAUUGAAUAUGUGAUGACAAUAAAGAACACUUUUCAAAACAUUAUUUACUCUUACAUUUGGAGGGAUUUAAAUCUAUAG